AUCUCCAAAUAUCUCACAGUCACCGGCUGGCAAUUAAAGCACCAUACUUUUGAUUUCAUCGGCUUCUCCUCUCUCUCUCUCUCUCUCUCUCUCACCCUACUCCUCCCCCAUUAUAUUCCAUGGCUUCAGAUUCCAAUUCAAACCUUAAAAUCAUCGUCGAAAGAAAUCCUCCUCAGGCACGCCUUGCCACUCUUAAUGUCACCUGCUGGCCCAAAAGAUGGGGUUGUUCGCCAGGGAAGUACCAGUUGAAGUUUGAUGCAGAAGAGACGUGUUAUCUGCUGAAAGGGAAGGUGAAGGCGUACCCAAAAGGCUCAUCGGAGUUUGUGGAGUUCGGCGCCGGAGACCUCGUGAUCAUCCCUAAAGGUCUCAGUUGUACUUGGGACGUCUCACUCGCCGUCGAUAAAUAUUACAAAUUUGAGUCGUCGUCUUCGUCUUCAUCUUCGUCUGCAGCAGCAUCUUAGUGUAUAUUUUUGGAUAUCACUGAACUGUUAGUUAUUAAUUUCAGCUUUUUCUUUUCUUAAUGAAUAUCAACUUCAAGUGAAUUAUUCGGUUCGCAA